AUGACUCAUGUUCAUGGUUCAGACUCAGAACCUGUUCUUGGGAUUCCAACUCAAGACGCGACACAAUGGGUUCAUCCAGUACCCAUACCUCAUCCAGCAGUCAUACCUCAUCCACAAACAGUCAUACCUCAUCCACAAGCACCCAACAUACCUCAUCCACACGUCAUACCUCAUUCCGAAGGCUUACCAUUACCAGACGCUUAUAUAUUCUUAUUCCGAGACGAAAGGGAUGCAAUGAGAUGGUCCGAAAGUCACGGAGGAGCAGGCGUAGGAGGCCUAGUGAUUCCCGAACCUCAAAGCGUUCCACCUAUCCAACCUGGUCCUCUACUAUCUCAUCCUCCAAUCCCAUUACACCCAACUACAGCUCAAGAAUUCGUGGCUCCCUAUCAUCCUUUUCAACAAAUCUCUCCUCAAUAUCAUCCUACCUUUCAACACUUUACGCCGCAUUAUCAACCCGUCACGUCUGGGUAUCCGAACGUGCCAUUGCCACCUCCUUUUCAUGAAACGUAUGACGUGUUUCGGGACCAAGACUUUAGAUCACCUCCACUUUUUCCUUCUCAAUCGAAUCUCCAACCUUUAAACCCAGGACAAACCAUACCGGGUCCGUCUAGAAAAUGGAAAAGUAAAAGGAAGAAAAAAGUACCAAGUUCGGGUUCUACAACUACGGUUGGAAAAACCUUACUAACUCGACCCACUAGAUCAUCUGAUUCAUCAGAUCAACUUAUUCAAAAGAAUCUUGCGGGUUUAAGAAUCGAUUCGAAGGAUAAACAGGUUGGGGGAUCUGAAGUGCCUGAUGGGAAUGAUGAAACAUCUCAAGGGUUUAAAGAGAGUCAAGCUUCUAAUUCUGAAGAAAUCGAAUCUUUUCAUCCUAAAGAAGAAGAAAAACAACCAGAAACCGGUCCAUCAAAACCUAUCAAAGCCGAAAAUCUGCAAAAGAAAGCUUCAUUUGUUGAUGCAGUUUUAAGUGCAUCAACUCCCAGGCUCGAUUCCUUUCAAACAGUGAAAGAUGGAGUUCUUCCAAACCCUUCUGGUACCCAGAAAUUGAUUAAAGAUAAAUUGAAGGUAGGUCAGAAGAAGGGUUCAGAGGGAAGAACUUCGAUGGUCAAUAAAGGAAAGGGAUCAAGGGUAGUUGAUGCACAGAAAUCGGUGGUUGAUAGACUUGAUACUGCUCAGAAGAAGGGUUCAGAGGGAAGAACUUCGAUGGUGAAUAAAGCAAAGGGAUCAAGGAUAGUUGAUGCACAGAAAUCGAUGGUUGAUAGACUUGAUACUGCCCAGAAGAAGGUUCUACCAAUGCCAAGUCCCGAUACCAAAGAAAAAAUAAAAGAUUCAUCAAUCUCAUUAGGAUCUGAUCAAGGAGGAUCACCUAAGAUUGGUUCGAUUGAAGACCAACCUUCGUCUUCAAAGCUAAAAGUAGAUGAAGAUGGAUGGCAAGUAUACAUGAACAAAAAAUCACAAAAAGGGAUUCAUCCUACUUUAUUUUCCACUUCAAGUUUAUCAGCAAGAAAAUCAAGGUUUAGGGAUCUAGACAAGUUUGCUUUAAUGAAAGAUCAAGUUCAAAACUCGAUUGAUCAAGCCAAACGUUUAGCACAUGAAGAAAAAAUUGAAAGUUUUAGAAAUGAAGGAAAAGGUUUGACAGAUUUGAACGAAGAGAAUUUACCUGAAGAAACAGCAUUGGUUGAAAAAGUCAAAUCAUCUAAAUCUACCAGGAAGAAAGGAAAAGCAAAGGGGAAAGGAAAGAAGCAAGCGAUCAACCAAUCAUCUGGAUCUCGUAGUGGAAAGAAACCGACUGUAGGAUCAUCUAAAGCUUCUGCUGAUGAUCUUGCACUAGAAGAAGCCUUAGCAGCUUCCAAAAAAUCGAUUAUCGAUCGACUUAGUCCAGAACGUCAAGAACAUAUCAAAAAAGUCGUCUUAACGAUGUUACAAAAAGAUAAUCCUAAAGCGUUUGCCAAUAUAUUUAUUGAUAUGCCAGAAUAUAAUAAAUUGUUUAAAGGUACAGAUCAAGAUACAGAAGAAGCUAUGCAAGAAUUAAUCUUAGGACCGGUUUUUCAAGAUAUUAUUGAUUCGGUUGGGAAUCUAGAAGGACAUAGAAGACAUAGAGCAUUAAGAGAUCAAUUAGAUGAUAGAGUCAUACAACAGAAUUGGAAUUUAGGUAUCUAUCAUAAUUCGAUUGAAGAACCGAUUAUGAAUGUAGCCGAAGCUUUAUCAGUCAAAGAAGUCUUUCCGAUCUUUUAUAAAUCAAAGUUGGGAGAUUGGGAAACGGUUAGAGAAAAGUUGGAUAGAUUAGAUGUAGAUGAAUUUCAAAGAUUAGAAGACGUGAUUGAAUAUCAUCAAGUCGAGAAACGUUUGGCUAUGAUUUGGGCCAUGCAAGAAGUUAAUCAGAAAGGUGAUUCGUUAUUUAAAGAAGCAGGACUUAAAGCUUUGGCUAUACAGGGUAUUAAUUUACCGAUGCUGGUGUCACUUUGUGAUCUGAUGGGUUUAUCACCUGCAAGAAUGGUGACCGGUGAGAUCAGUGAAUCAGCACUCAUUAUAAAGUAUUUAAGGAUCUAUAGAUUAAUGCAUGGGAAGUUUACGGCUGGAUUAGGUGAUAUUUAUGAGAUGGAAGAUGAUUUGAAUUGGCUUGAAUCACCGGUAAGAUAUUUCUUGACUGAGAAUACAAAACUUAAAGAUCCAUUUGAGAAACGAUUGAAGAGUUUGAUAAGAGAAGGAGAUGGGAAAUCGAUUGCAUAUAUUGAAUGGUGUAAAUCGAUUGGAAUCGAAUGGAACCCUAGUUUUGAACAUCAUCAAGUUAGUUUGGCUGAAGCUUUGAGUUCGGCUCAUUUUGGAAUCUCAUUGGAUGAUUUGAUUAAACUUCAAACUAAGAUUCAACAACAUGAAAAUUUAAAGAGAGUGAUGAUUAAUAAUCAGUUGAAUCAUAAACAUCAAUCGAUGGGUGGUGGUGGAACUUCAUUAUUGUAUGAAAAUCAAAAUCAUCAACUUUAUUGGCCUAAAAACGCUGAAGACUUUUUACCUCAGUUUGAAAAUUUUAGAAGAUACUUUGAAUGUUUUGGUCAAAAACUUAUGAUGAGUAAAUCUCGUGGAAAAUAA